UGAUCAGCUCCUGUGCCACACAUUCAGAUUGAUCAUUAAGAACCUGCAGGAGCAAGCACACAUGUUGGAUUUUCAAUCAUCAUAUACGGAUUGCCAAAGUGAAAUUCUCACAGAAUUCCCAAUAGGGUACAGAUUUUUGCCCACUGAUGAAGAACUGGUCACUCACUAUUUGAGUAACAAGGUGUUUUACAGGCCUCUUCCUGCCCAUGUUGCUCAGGACAUUGAUUCCAGGGAGUUCUAUAGCAAGGCUCCUAACAGUAUUGUGAAUUACUCCUGUGGAGAAAGGGAGUGGUAUUUCUUUCUUCAUGAAGAUGAAGACUUUCUUGUAGAAAAUAAUCCAAAUAGAAUCGUUGGAGAUAAGAUAGGGUUUUGGAAAUCAACUGGGCAAGAAAAAUCCAUAUGCAACUUAGAUGGAAAUGUUUUUGCCUCCAAGUUUCAGUUUACUUAUUUCUCAGGAAUCUUUCCUAACGCUAGGAAAACACAUUGGAAGAUGGAUGAGUACCGAUUACCCUCUCAAUGUCAAACUGCUCACAGUUUCCAGGUGAUUACAGCAAGACCAGUAACAUGCUUCUUUCCCAACACACCAUGCCAUAAGCUGAUCAUUCACCUCCUUGUAUAGAACCUUAAGCUUAAGAGCAUGUGAAUAAUGACAAUUUUUAAGGAUAUAUAUAUGAAUUAUGACAAUUUUUAAUUUUGAAUUCUUUUUGGAAUGUAUGGAGAAAAAAUAUUAUUAAUUUGAUAGUAAGAAUUAGUUGUUGCAUUUGCUAACAUUUUUAUCUUAAAAUAUUGGCUGCAGGAAGAGGAAUGGGUACUAGUAAGACUGAAAAGAGGAAUGGAGUACAGUAGUUAAUUUCUAGUUUCAUUCAUUUUUUUUUUAAUUUAAUUUUUUAUGAUGCUAGGAAUAAUAGAUCAGCUGAGCAAAUUAAGCGGAGAGAAACUAUAUGUAUGAUGAAUUUAGUUUUUCAUUGAAAAAUUUAUGUUUAGACUUCGUCUACCGUGUAAUAGGUGAAUCUCAUCAUACAAGAUAAAAUUUUCUAGGUUCACGAUGAACCAGAUGUACAUAAGAAAAAUUCUUGUUAUUAUUA